GUAGAAGAAAGCACGCUCACACACUGUACCUACCAACAGCAUCAACAGCCAUGGGGCAGGCUAGGGCUCAACUCCUAGCCUCCCUAGCGGCUAUCUACCUCAUCCUAGCCAUCCCCCAUGUCACCGGUGGCCUGACCGAUGACCUCGAGAUAAUGUGGGGCAAUGCAAAGGUGGUCACUGACAGCUCCGGCCAACAGGCCAUCGCUCUCACUCUCGACCGCUCCACUAGCUCUGCAUUCCGGUCGAAGAAGACUUGCCAAUUUUGCAGGAUCGACGUGGAGAUCAAGCUCGUCCCAGGGAACUCGGCUGGCACUGUGACCACGUUUUAUAUGAUAACAGAGGGGGCAUGGCAGUACCAUGAUGAGAUCGAUAUCGAGUUUCUGGGGAACAGCACCGGCCAGCCCUACACCAUGCACACUAACAUGUAUGCCAGAGGACAAGGGGGCAGAGAGAAGCAGUACAAGUUUGAUUUUGAUCCCACUCAAGAUUACCACAAGUACACCAUCAUCUGGAAUAAAGACUGGAUCUUAUUUCUUGUCGACGACAAGCUGUACCGGCAGAUCAAGAACAACCAGAUGUACGGUGCCCCGUACCCAUACUAUUAUCCAAUGAGGGUGUACGCCACCAUCUGGAACGCCGACGACUGGGCAACACAAGGCGGGCGGGUCAGGACCGACUGGUCGCAGGCGCCAUUCACGGCAUACUUCCGGAACUACAGGGCCAUCUCAUGCCCCCAAUACGGGAACAACCCCUUGUGUCUCCCAGGCUCUGGUUGGUUCAACCAGCAGCUGGAUGAGUCACGAAAACAGCAAAUGACACAGGUGGACUCCAAUAACAAGAUAUAUGAUUACUGCAAAGACCCCAAGAGGUACAAGAGUGGGCCACCCCCAAGGGAGUAUGAAUUUGAGAACAAAAUGUAUGACUUGUUUUUCACAAUUCCAUAUGCACUUGAUGUAAGAUAUGAACAAGAGGCCAUGAGGCAGGCUAGGAUACUAGCAGCUUUGUAUUUCAUCCUAACCAUCUCCCCAGCAAUUAGCGACAUGACCGACAGCAUUGAAAUGAUGUGGGGCAAUACGCAGGUGCUCUAUGAUAGCGCUGGCCAUCAAACCAUGUCACUCACCCUUGACCGGUGGACGACUUCGGCGUUCCGCUCAAAGAGCCAGUACCUCUUUGGGAGGUUCGACAUUGACAUCAAGCUUGUCCCCAAGGAAUCUGCUGGCACGGUGACCACAAUAUAUAUGGUAACAGAGGGGCCAUGGCAGUACCAUGAUGAGAUCGACCUUGAAUUCUUGGGGAACACCACCGGUGAACCAUACACCCUUCACACAAACAUCUAUGCCAAAGGAAAAGGUGGCCGAGAAAAGCAGUACCGUCUUUGGUUUGAUCCCACUGAAGACUUCAAUACUUACUCCAUCAUCUGGAACCCGCACAUGAUCUUAAUACUUGUCAAUGGCAAACCAAUCCGGCGGAUGAAAAAUCAGAUGAGGGCUGAUACUCCCUUCCCACUCUAUCAGCCUAUGAGGAUGUAUGCCAGCAUCUGGAACGCUGAGGAUUGGGCAACGCAGGGUGGACGCAUCAAAACUGACUGGUCCCAGGCACCGUUCACAGCAUUCUUCCGGAACUACACAGCCAACGCUUGUGUCCCGUACAAUAAAGCCUGGAUUUGCGGCCAGGGUUCUGGAGAUAGCAGUUGGUUUAAUAAGGAGUUGGAUGAGGAGGGGCAGCAGAAAAUGAAGGAUGUGGAUGAUAAAAACAAGAUAUAUGACUACUGCACCGACUCAAGGAGGUUUCCUGAUGGAUACCCCCCAGAAUGUGCAUCGCAGUAGAAGUUAUCCAACAAG